ACUUCUUCUGACAAGCUUUACCAGCCCAAGUGGAAUGUCUUCCAAUGAUGGUGCAAACAAGCUUAAAGUCUCUUCUUCUGGGACCUCUUCAAGUCAAAUAGCAGACUUCCCUCUCUUAUUUGAGGUCCAUAAGAAAGUUGUCUCCCUCAACUAUUAGGGGAAAUUGAGCCUUGCUCAACUCUGUUUUUAAGCACAGGGGUCUUGAUCUUUCCUCCAACAAAAAUCUUUCAGACCUAAUUUAGUCUUUCGAGACCUCGAAAGUUCCAAAGGAUUGUGUAGCUUGGAAUUUGGAUAUCGUUGUGAAGUGCCUUUCUGACACUCCUUAUGAUCUUCUGCAUACGACUUCAUUGAGAAAUUUAACAGACGACGCUGUUUUUAAUAGCUGGAGCGUUAGUGAAGCAUGUGAGCGAAAUUCACGCUACAGACGAGAGUGGGAUUCGCUCAGAGAGAUGCAGUCUGUUUUCUGGCUUUUCAAUUUCUCGCUACGAACCAGAAUCGGUCAGAUCCUUGACCUCAUUCUUUCGUCCUGAAGAACCAUAUGGACUUUCUCGGACUGGAAGAGGAGGAGAGGCUUCUCUGCCUUGUAGGAGCUUUAGAGUGCAUAUUACCUUUACAGGACAGAGAAAAUAAGAGGACCUUCAUCACAUCUAUGGUGUUCAGUUAAGGAUCCAUCUCGCCCCUUGUCAAAGAAUGCUGUUUCUUACUUUUUUAGUCUUUGAUAAUUGAGGCCCACUCUCAAGUCAAAGAAAAAUCUUUUCCACUUAUCAAAGUAAAAGCUCACGAAGUGAGAACUGUCACCAUUCAACAUUUUGAAGAUAAAAGUCAGUGCUCAUUACAUGAAGAAAGUAUAGACUGUGUUUGAGAAUUGUAGUACUCUCAGAACUUUAUCCGUUGCUGGCAAGGUAUUGGGAGAGGCAACAUACGGGGUUAUCUGUCCUAAUUUUCCGCUUUGUGUCAAGGUUGUUCGAAUCCUAGGGAAGUUUAGGGGGUGCUUGGUACCUGGAGUGCCCUCCUGUCGUAUUUUUUUAGCAUAGAGGGUAUUCAUUUUUACAACUUGGUGAAGGUGACUCUAUUGUUGGUUGUUUUUUAGUCUGGGUUUUGCCCAGGGCAAGGGCAUUAUUACUUUGUGGUUCCUUGUUUAGUCAGCGGUAGAGCCCAUGACUUCAAGGAACAUGCCACUACUGUAGAGGUGACCCAUGCUUUUGGUACCAUUCUCUCUACUAAGUAAAACGAGCACCAACUAGAGUCAGUACUCGCCUGCAGCUGCUCACUUACAAGUCAAGGUAUGACAAGUAUAUGCUCUGUUCUACCACACAUUGCCUUUUUGAGAAUUCUUUAUUUUCAAGAGACAUUAUUUCCACAUCCCUCCACCUUUCAAUAUGUAAUCAGCUAAAUAAUUGCUUGGUAAGACGUUUGAAUAAAAAUGUAUUUUUAUAAGAAAAGCAAGUUUUAUUUAAUACUUACUAAGCAAUUAAAUAAUGGUGCCCUCCCUGCUCCCCACAGAUGGAGUUGGCAGCUGAAAGUCAAAAUUGAGAGGUGCUGAGUUGUCAUAUCUGAGUACCAGAAGUGGGCGGUUACUUGUCACCCACAGUGGUGAUGGCGGUGACACCGCAAAAGUUUUAAUUUUGGUCUGCUGCGGUAGGGAACUAAGAGCUAUGUAAAUGCUGGGAAGUAUUAAAACUUGCUUUUAUUAUAAAAAUACAUUUCAUAAGUAUCCAUGAAAUGAAGUACUACUGCAUAUUAACAAUCUUCAUUGCUUCUUACUUUGUUGAACAGUUUGGUGUUGUGUAACCUCAGGAAGCCAUGAAGUGAAGUAAAGUAAAAGUUGAAAAUGUUUGAAAUUUUUUUACCCAGAAAAAUUGGUAGUUCAUAAAGAUAGUUAUUCACGGGCUUUUCCUUUCAGUGGUUCCAGUACCAAAUCCUAUUGUUAGAAGUUUACGUUUUUAUAGGCUCUAAUUGAUGCAAGAUGUUGAAUAUACAAUGGUCCCCCUCCCCCCCGCAAAUGUUUAGAAUCUGCAAAUAGUUGGAAGCCUUAUAAAAACUGAAAAUGGCCUAUUUUGUUAGGUAAAACUCAGGAAAACUCCACUAAAAAUUUCAGUACCUGGUUUUUUUUUUUAUAGUUUUGUCACAAAAGUGCAUUUUAUGAUGAAACUGAUAAAAAAACAGGGAUUUCUGGAUAUUUCUCAUAGAAAAAUACCGCGAAUAGGGGAAUUUCCUGCGAACAAUGGGUAGAUAUGGUCCAGAGAGAAAUCCGCGAGUCUGCGAAUCGGGAGAACGUGAAUACGGGGGCCCACUUUAAUUUGAAUUAGGUACUACUGCUGCAUACAGUAUUACAGUACUGUAUUGGGUUUUGCUCAGCCAGUCAUCAUUUUUGUCCUAUUAUACUACUAAAGGGCAAUGAAUUUUUGUAGAGAACGCUUGUUGUGAUCUUGUCCACUGCCGCAACUAAUUGUUAACCCAAUUUCUUGGAAAAAGAACAGGAAAAAACAUUUUGUGUUCUAUAUGUACUGUGAAGCCUGGGGUAACCAUUUUGAGAUAUUUGUGGUAUGGUGUUUGUUGAUAGUUAUCAUUAGAAGUUGUUGGUUACCAUAUUAGUAUUUAUAUAUAAUAUGCUGUACAAUACUUGAAAUGGCCAUUGUGUGGUCAAUUGUGAAAGUCAAAAUGCAACUUGAGGCUUACAUAUGAGUAUGGCAUGCAAAUAUGUGGUACUACAGUGUCUAAUGGAAAUAGAAUGCAAGUGUGACACCUGCUGAUAUUUAAUUAGAAGUUUUUGCUAUUCAUGAAAUUUUUUUAUUAUUAUUUUGCCAAUAAAGGCAGCCAUUUUUAGAAAACUUUUGUAGUUUUCAUCAUGAUGUUAGUUAUCAGGAAAAAAGGCAAAGAAACUUUAUCAUCCUGGGCCCUAUAUGUUCGAGAUGUUAUAUAUUGAGAACUACUAAAUACUAUAGCACUCAAAGAACUUCUAAAUACUUAAGCACUCGUGAUGCAGUCUUUUUGUAUGCGUAAGGUCUGUAUAGUAGGGCUGUAUAAUUCCCAAAGUACCUUUAAUUGUAGCAUGGUAUUUUUGAAGCCCGAUACUUCUGCCAUGAUUUUGUGAUCGUAUUGGUUAUAUGAGAACUGUCAUUUACCUGCUCAGGCAUUGAAUAAUGCAGUCAUUUUUUAUGUAUGCAACUUACCAAGUACAAGUUACAUAGCUAUAGUUUAUAAACCAUAGCUGUGUAACUACUUGGUAAGUAUACUUAAAAUCUUAUUGUAUUAUAAAAAUGUUAUUUUUUUGUAGUACUUUAGAUGUAAAGGAGAUUAUUUGUAUUCACUGUGCAGAAGUGAAAAAUUUGUACUGUAUUCCUUUUGUAGUUGCGAGAUAAUUCCUUUGAAUAUUUCCUUAGGGGUCUUGACAAAGUUUGGGCAACGUGAACCAUUAAUGGUUAUGCAGGGUAAACCUUUGUUGUUGUUAUCAUUAUUUUUACAUACAGAUUUACAUAUUGUUAUUCAUGUUUCCCCUUUCUGCACUGAACCUUUGACAGUUAUGAUGAUAGAACUUGGGAUGUAAAAGUUCUGUGGUUGGAAACUUAGGUUCCAAAGUACUACCUUACUAUUGCAGUGCCUCUCAAACAAGACCGUGAAAAAAAAAAAAAAAAAAAAAAAAACUAAGUAUCUCAUCUCCAGCAAAAAGCAAUGGAGGAAUUGCACCAGUCCAUGGAUUAUUCAGCUGAAAUUUUAGGUCAGCUACGCUGUUGCUUAUCAAUUUAUUCUAGCUCAUUGAAAGUGGUUUGGGAAAUAAUGAUGGGAGUAUAGAUCAGUAGUAAUAAUUUUGCAUUGCAUUACUUUCAAAUUCCAACUGUCAUGGAUGGGCUUUCUGUUAGAGUACAUAACAUUUUUUUUAAAUUAGUGAACUGCUAGUCACAUUUUCACAUAGAUUGAUGAAUUCGCAUGAGACUACUUACCAUUAACUUUCAAGGCAGAUUAAAGCAGUGUUCCUGGAGAUGAAACUAGGAAAAUUCAUUCAUUGAUUUGAAACUGAGUCAGACUGUUCAGAUGCCCCACUUGAGAUAUGAAUUUGAUUUUAGCUUUUGUAGACCCAGACUCAUGCUGUUAUCUAGCUUGCAUUUUCACAUUGUAUAAUAUUUUGUCUUUCCAGACCUGUGACUUCAUGUUUGAUAGGAAUUUGUCCUUGGAAUUAGUUAUGGGCUUGAUGUACUAAACUGUGCCAUUAUUAUGGUAAUGUAAAAGCAGUUUUAGUUAAAAUAUAUUUAGUGUUGAAAUUUUUAAGUAGAUAUUUAGGAAAUAUUCAGUAAGGGUUUUUUUUAGAUUUAAUGAGGGAGUUUGACAGUAAUACACAGCUUGAGAACAUUAUUGUAGGACUGCUAUAGAGAGAUUACAUAACAAUCUUAUACUUCUUCUAAUGCUUGUGAAUAUAUCUGUUAGUUUGGUGUAAGCAUUUCAUAUCUUAAACGACUUGAAAAUCUUUGAAGAUCAUUUAUUAUCCAGAGAGAUUUUUCCACAAUUCAGGUUUUGUCUGUUCCCGACUUGUGCUUUCAGGCUGAUCACAUUCUUGUUUAACAGUAUUUAUCUUUGUUUCAUCCACGUAAAUUGUGGUACAGUAUCGCACUAUGUUCAAAAAAAAAAAAAAAAAAAAAAAAAGGAAAAAUGUAUUAAAAUGACAAGUUUAGGUUAGCUGAAAACAAAUUCCCAUAAAUUGACAAAACUGUCAACAAUGUAGCAGAGAUACUUUAUGCAUUUUUGUUCAUUGUACAAAACUAAGAUAUUCAGUGAUAUGCAGUUGUAAGUUUGUUGUUAUUUAUGACAGUCAUCACAGAGUAAAGCGAAAGAAAAGUGUUUUUUCUUUAUUGAAAAAUUGAUGCUUGACACCUGAGGUGCUUGCAGUAAUUUUCUUUGAUCAGUCAUUGCAGUUUUAUUUCAUGGUUGGAAACCGAUUUCGCAGUCAUUUUAAUGCUGAAUAGUUUUCUUUAGUUUAGUAGGUGUUAAAGCAAUUGAAAUCAUCCGAAAUGCUUCCUUGUCUAUUUUUCUUGUUACAGAGUAGAAUUCUAAUAACAAAUAAGUGGAAAUGUGCAAUCAAAAGUCCAAGUAGUUCAUUCUGUAUCACAAAUGCUCUGUAAAACUAGAAAAAAUGUAGAAAUAUUGUGAUUUUCACAGUCUAAAGCUCUUGGUACUUUAAAAGUAUCAGUGAUAUUUACAAUAGAGAGGGAUUGUCAUCUGUAUACAUACAUGUGCUGUGAAUUUAUCGUCCAUUUUAAAAUGAAAAUUAAAUACAAGACAUUAAAAAAGAAGGUAAAUAAGAGUGUUUUCAUAACACCAAAUUCUUCUCUUAUGUCCCUUGAUCAUCUCAUGGAUGUCCCUUAAUCAUGUUUUGCCUUGUUGCUAUGGACAGGAUAUACCUUGUCACCUCAACUCUUACUCCUAAGGAUUGAGAAGUCUUUCCUGUGCAUGCCCAGACCUGCUCAUGAUAUUCGCAUCUCUGCUUGCUCUUUACAUGCCAUAGUAUUGGGAAGGUAAAUGAGUUGGUUAUGGAAAAAUGGUUUUUUUCACAACCCUGUUAAUCAUAUGUUGUGUGAUAGGCAGUUUGUUCUUGUGAGUCGGUGGGUGUUGUUGGAGAUGAGUUCUGUGCAGGCAGUCCUCUGUGAGUAGACAGAUAGCCAAGGCCAAUAGAGCAUUGACCCACUGUCAAGCCUUGCCCCAGGAUGACUAUGUCUUGACCAAAAAAUCAAGGGAAAGGUAAUUGUGUACGUACUAGUCAAAAUAUGGAACUGACUGAAAUGCUUCAAAGAGGCCAAUGAUAAAAGAAGUAGUUUUAGUCAUGGGGAGUAAGGAUAAAGUUGGAAGUGGCUCAUAAAUGGGUCUGGUCUGGCUUUGUAAAAACAAAAGCUAAAUCCUAUCUAGAAGGUUUCUUGAAUUAACUGAGGAUGGGUUGUUCAAAGUACAUAAUGAAUGUUAUCUGAAUUAACAAGAUAAGCACUCAAGCCCAACCAAACAAGGUCAGAAGGUCAGGGCUAGAGGUGAAGGAUAUGAAGGUGCAGAGAGCUUGGAAGGUGUGUCCCCCCUAAGAGAGAGAGAGUUGCAUUUGAAAAGAAGUAAGGUAUCCAUUAGCAGGGGAAUCUGAAAACAUGAGUUCAUGGCGCACAACUCCAAACUCUUCUAAAGUAAAGAUAAUGACUAAUUAAGAGACCAAUUAACCACAUAUUGUACACAAGGAGAACACUGUUAAUCAUGGCAGGAGGGGAUGCAAGUCGUGUGCAAAUUAAAUAAAGCAUGUCCGGUCAGACCUUGACAAAUAUGCUUAGAUAUGCCAGAGUAUUGCAGGUCAAAUCAUAUAAGUACUGUAUACAACACUUACUGGCCCACUGUUGUGGCAAAAUUUAGGAAAAUUAACAGAGAACCAAAGGAAUAUCCUGUCCUAAUACAGGGCAACUUAUGAUUAACAGGAUUUUAAUGAAACAAAUGCAUAAAAAAAAUACAAAAUGUCAUACCUUGUCGCUAUUUUGCUACUAGAACGUAUGUGAUCCAGUAUAAGGAUUUUUGGUACUGCUGUGUGCGUAAAAGUAUUAAAUAUUUUCCCUUGGAUGGCUCUUUGUAAUUGAUAUCAGUAAAAGUUUUAUUAGUGAAUACAUAAUGUUCUAAUAAAUUAAUUGAAGUGUAACAAACACAAUAUGUCACAUGUAUAAUAAAACACUUGUACAUAUAAUGUAAUCUAUGGCGAGCAUCUCGGUAGUAUCGUUCACGUCAUGUGAUGAUAGAUUGACAACAUAAAUGGUGAAUAAAUUGAGGUCAGAAUUCAUAUGAUUUCUCAACAGAUCAUCAGAACCUCAAAGGAUCAAAGCCAAAAUUAUGAUAUUUAUGGCAUUGUCUUCAAGACUUGUCUCAGCAUAAUUUGAAAGUAAUACCGUUACAGGUAGUUAAUAGUUUGGUGUUCCAUAACUUCUUGUAGCACAGAGUGAGAGUAGAGUUAGGUUAUAACCUUCCUAAAGUAAUGUAAAUUACUUGAUGAAUGAAUUAUCUCAGAUUGGAUCAAAGCAUAUUGUUACUUGACUGUAUCACUGUAAAUAUUUGAAGUGACGUUGGUUUAGUGCAAUUGCAUGUAGUGGGUUGCUGGCCUGGGCUAUAUAAAUGCACAAAGUUUUCCUUUCUAUUGCAGGGGAGUCACAGCACUACUAAAACUAAAUCCUUUGAGAAACUUCCAUCCACCCUUUACUGCCCUCUCCGAUUGGAGGUUGGCCCGACUCACAAUGAUCGCUUGUGUUCGAUCCUUUUGGCUGAUGCCCAUCAUCUAUUGCUGCGUCCCAGACCUCCACACUACUUAGGGCAGACAUUUAAAAACCUUUCAUUAAUAGAGCUUUUUUUUUAUUUAUUUAUUUAUUUUUCACUUUUUCCUCAUGGACAAACAGUGCUGGUUUCAUUUGACAAAUCAUAGUAUAUCCCUCUCACUGCAUAGAGAUACAGUAUAUAAGAAAAAAAGUUUUGGUCAUGUGGAAAAGUUGUUCUAUUUAGACGUUACUACAUCCUUCACAAAGCAGUGUUUUGCCACAGGCAUUUUAUUUAUUGGUGCCCUGUUGCUUUGUGAUGGUAAUUGUUUUUGUUUGUUUUGUUAUCUUUGCAGAUAUUGGCGAAUGGGUCAACUUUGAGUGAUGCGUGGUGCACCUGCCCCAGUGUGUACAAAAAUAAAGGGAAUUGGAUAUGCUAGCCUAUGUUUGUAACAUAAAGACCCAAUAAGAAAAUAAAGAAGUGAGAGAGACUUAGGUUUAACAGUUAAGAAAUGGAUUCUUAGACUAAAGAUAGAUAUACCUACUACCUUUUUUCUUCAUGAUUUGCUAAAUCACUAUAGUAGUCCACAGAACUUCGUUUUGGGCUGAGAUUUUGAUGUGGAAUGUUAAGAAGUUAAUGUGGGAAUGAGUGCGUUCAGUAGUGUGUCAGUGGCCGCCGAGUGUUUUUUAUAUUCUACUCUUUGCAGAACACAGGUUGAGCAGCCUUAGACUACUCCACAGAGUACCUUGAAGACUUACGACGUAAAAUGGCUAAGCCCCAGUCUCAGUUGUUUCAACUGUGACUGGCUCAUCCUCAUAAUAUAAUAUAUAUUUAUAUAUUUUCAUUAUCAUGAUAUUUCAGUGCCAUUGUCACUAAACUCAUCAGUCAUAAUACGAGUCUUUCAUAGUAUCAAUCUACCAACCAAGCAACCAACCGAUGAUAGUAUGAUAUCUCUCUUGUGUGAAUAUGUGAUAUGCCUGUUCUUUUUUUCUUUGUCAUUUCAUGGUGUAAGGUGGGCAGAAAGGCCUCAGCGACAGGGAGAUUCAGCGGCUGACCGUUCGGCAGUUAGCUGGGGCUGCUAUUUCGCAUUGUAGCCUCCCCAGUGCAGUGAAGGAGCCACUCGGUCAAGGUCACCUGUUCAGGAUGUGGACCAGUCGGGAAAUCUUGUGUUGGGUCAGGGUGCCAAGAAGGAUGACAUGGUUCACCUAUUAGGCCAGAGCCUGCCUCGUCUUUCAUCAGAUCAGAAAGAUGCAGUUGCUAGAGCGAAGAAGUAUGCAAUGGAACAGUCUAUACGUCUUGUUCUUAUGAAGCAAACUUUAGCUCACCAGCAGCAGGUCUGUGAUGCUUGCGUGUGUGAGGGGGUCCUUAGCUUUUCUGCCGCUUCUGUCAGGAAGACAUUAGAAAGUACUCUAUAUGAUUAUGAGUUUGUUCAAGCCAAAUCACUACAACGUCACCAAGCGUUGGUUUUGAUGUGUCGUGUUUAUGUCGGCAGCAUCAGUUUUGAACUUAAAGAAGACACGAUUAGACAAGCAUUUGUUCCAUUUGGGCCAAUCAAGUCCAUAAAUAUGUCUUGGGAUCCUGUCACUCAAAAACAUAAAGGGUUUGCUUUUGUUGAAUAUGAAAUGCCUGAAGCAGCGCAGCUUGCCCUUGAACAAAUGAAUGGUGUUAUGAUCGGAGGACGCAAUAUCAAAGUGGGAAGACCAUCUAACAUGCCACAGGCCCAGACUGUUAUUGAUGAGAUCACAGAAGAAGCUAACUAUUAUAAUCGGAUAUACGUUGCCUCGGUUCAUCAGGAUCUGUCAGAAAAUGAUAUUAAAUCUGUUUUUGAAGCCUUUGGGAAAAUUAAGCAUUGUAUGUUGACACCAGGAACAACGCCGGGUAAACAUAAGGGUUAUGGUUUUAUUGAGUAUGAGAGUUCUCAGUCAGCACAGGAAGCCAUUGCAUCUAUGAACCUGUUUGAUCUUGGAGGACAGUACCUGCGUGUAGGCAAAGCGAUAACUCCCCCAGGAUCUUUCUAUGGACCUUUGACAGCCCCAACGCAGAUGCCAACAGCAGCAGCAGUGGCUGCAGCUGCUGCCACAGCUAAAAUACAAGCUAUGGAUGCAUUAGCUACAAAUGCCAUAGGAUUGGUUCAAGGAUUAAGCACAUCCCCUUCCUCGUCACAAAUACCACCAGUAGGGGUUGUUGGAGGAGUUUCCUCUGUGGGUUCCUUAGGUGGGGGAGCUUCAGUACCUCCAAUUGGAAUGGUGGGUGAUUCCCCUACGACUAGUACCAUAUCAACUCCUUCCUCUGUUCCUCCAGUUGGAGUCGUCACUAGUUUACCUACCAUCAGUGGCUCUGCCACCUUACCACCACCAAAAGUUAUUACAUCGGUUCCAGUUCCUGGCAUUACAAAUUCUAGUACUUUAUCACCCACAUCUAAUAGUGUUACAACAAUUGCUGCAGGUGGAGGGUUAGAUGAACUUAAAGCAAACCACCAGGAGGAGUUAGCCAAAAAAUUGAUGGAUGACAGUGAGCCACAAACUCUGCAACAACAGGAAACUAUGUCUAUCAAAGGCCAGUCUGCGCGCCAUCUGGUCAUGCAAAAGCUAAUGAGAAAAACAGAGUCAUCAGUUGUUAUAUUGAGAAACAUGGUUGGUAUAGAGGAAGUGGACGAGUUUCUUCAGGAUGAGAUAACAGAAGAAUGUGGACGGUUUGGUACUGUCAACCAUGUCAUUAUUUAUCAAGAAAAACAGUCAGAUGAAGAUGAUGCCGAAAUUAUAGUCAAGAUUUUUGUUGAGUUCUCUAGUCCAAGUGAAUCUGUUAAAGCGCAAGAAGCCCUCAACGGACGAUAUUUUGGCGGCCGGUUAGUGAAAGCAGAAUUGUAUGACCAAAAUAUGUACAAUCAUAAUGAUUUGUCGGGAUAGAACUGUUAUUUUUUUUAUCUCUCUUUUUUCUAGGUAUUCAAGAGACUUUACGGAAAAAUUAACAAUUUCUUGGUGAACAUACAUUUUAGUAUGCAAAUUACCAUCCUUGAAAAUAGUUUAAACCGAUGAAUUUGUGUAUAUAUAAAUAUAUAUUAUUUUGUGUAUAGUCAUUCAUUUUGUUAUUUUUAUAGUGCUAGUUUCACAUCCCCCAUUCCUACAGAACAUUGACUUUCGUUUCAUAGUUGUGUUGAUUUUAGGUCAUCAGUCAUCCUUUCAUGAUAUUGCUCAUCAAAGUCUUUCAUUCAUUAUUUUAUAUUUAAUGGGUAUUAUGUAUUUCAUGAUUUCAUGAAUUGUUACAAGCACCUUUCUUGUCUUCAUGUUACCUCAUAAGUCUUCAUUUUGUUUAGUGAAACAAAUUUGAAUAGAGUAUUAAGAGGUUGGUAUUAUGCAGUAAUAGGUUGAUCAUUGCAGUUAUUUCUGGAAUUAAUAUUUCUUCCAUUCAAGUUAGUGUUGGACAUGAGUGUGAAACAAAGUUCUAUGCAAUUUUGACAUUUGAGAAGUCAGUGGUUUUAAACUGUUUGUAGUUAAGAAGGUCAGUGUUUUUGUGUUCUGAAGAUAUCAGUAUAUCAUUGUAGUAUAUUUUUUUUUAUUUUUAUCUUUCAUGUCAGAAUUUAGGAAACUUGAAAAAUUGGUGAUUUUUUAAAGAAAGGUACCAGUUAGGAACAGCUGUAAGCUUCCCAUAAACUAGUAGAAAGAACAUGAGGUGCUAGUUUCCUUCAUCUGUUUGUUUUACAAAACUACCCUCUAUUUCAAGAGAACCUUUUGUUAGGAAUCAUUUCAAAUUUGUCUUUUAAGGGAUUAGCUAUUUUAGAUAAUUGGAAACUACUCUCUCAAUUUAAUGCUACUAAAUUUUAUUUUCUACCUAUUUUAAAAAAUGUGAAUUUGAA